AUGUCAUUUGAAGAAGUAAAUUCUAAUGAAUAUAAAAAUCAAAUAUACUCUACAUUCAUUGAUCAAGCACAACAAAUAUAUAAUCUAGAAAUGAUGAAUGAAAUGCUCAAACAACAACUUAUGAGUUUUUCAUGUAAUACAUUAAACACAAACCAGAUUACUAGUUUUGAUUCAGUGCUAGUUGAUAGUAGUCCAAGUGAACAAUCAAAUGAAAAACCUGUUCAGAGUAUGUUACAGUCACGACGUUAUUGGUCAACUGAAGAACAUACUAAAUUUAUUAAAGCAAUUACUUGGCUUGGAUGUACUUCUACUAGACGUCUUCCAGUAAAAUUAAUUUCUAAGUUUGUUGGAACAAGGACUCCAGUCCAAGUAAGAACACAUGCUCAAAAGUUUUUUGAUGCCACAGAAAAGGCAUCUUUAGGACAUAAAACUAAUAUGACAGUUUCAAACUGUGAAUUGACUAUUGAAGACGUUAAUGAAUUAACAAAACUUAAAGAAGAAUAUACAAAGAAUCGUUUUGAUAUCACUAUGUUUUAA